AAGUAAAUACAUCGCCAAGUUUGGGUUGUUAGAGCUAGCGGCGAUGGAGGUAAAUCAUUUUGCUCCAAGCAUCCAGAAGACGAAGGAGUCAGUGCAUUAGUUUCUCUGGCGUGGUUGGCGUGUGUCUCUCUUGUCGGGAAGAUGCACUCUUUCUUUUCGUAAAAAAAAAGACGAAGAUUUCUUUUUUUCUCUUCCCUCAUUGGAUACCCCGUUUCGGAUUAAAACUUAUCUGCAUUGCAUGGUGGGUGAAGAGACUCAUGUGGACAUCAAUGAAUCCCCCACUUCGGAGAGAAUCCAGCUGAGCCCCGGGUCACUCGAUGCCCCGACAGCCGGCUCAACAAAAUUAUCUCUCUCACACCAACAUGCUCUCUUUACUGAUGAUACUGUACAACCAGAUCAUACCCCUCAAGAAAUGUUGAGACACCGAGAGCAACGCUUUCUCGCCGAUGAACAGCGAGUCAUACUUACAUCUGCUUAUCAAGAGGCAUUCAGGAAUUCUACGGAGGACCUAGACUUUAAGCAUCAUUCGCCAGGCUGUGAUGACUCCGGCGUGUUUUUAGAAGACUCAGUCGCUUCAUCUCCCGAAACUCAUUCUAAAUCAUCCUCUGCACGCUUACAAAACAACCUCCAGAAGUUUUCGGAUCUGCCCGCUACUAUGAAGCAGUACUCAGUACCCGAAGGAAUUGACUCGGAUGCAGAAAGGAGUGAUGAUUUAGGUCUUGCAUCUUCUUCCAUCGAUUCAGCAGAUGAUUUGGAUGGAGAUCCCUUGCCAUCCAUGCUAAAUAUAGGUCCACCAGCUGUGCCUACCCGGCAAAAACCACCCCCUAUUCCCGCGAGAAAAUCACUUUCAAAAGUCAGCGAUAGUCAAAAGAAUAAUAGAUUUUAUCGAAAUGAAGUCAUAACUCUUGAAGUUCCUAAUCCAAAUAAAACUCCUUUGUGUAAGAGUUCGAGUUCCGGAGAGGAUUCGAACUUCGGCGAAGGGGAUGUUUUUCCAAACGAGGACUACUUACCUAGUGUCACUAUGAGAGAAAAUGCCAAAAACUUUCUGAAUAAUCAAAAGAAUCAGCAGUCUCGGAAUAACUUUGCCAUGACAAGAUCCUUCCAUGAAGAUGCACUGAUGAAUCUCCAACGUGAUACUAACCAUGAUUCAAAAUCAGAUUUCUUGGCUCGCACUCUUAGUUCUCCAAAGAAACUGGAUACCAGAAACGGUGACAGUGGAUUCAAAUGGAAAAGUGAAGAGUGCCUUAGAACCGCUGCUGAAAGCAAAUGGUGCUUGCCUGGAAGAAGGUAUGAGAAAUCAGUUAGCGUGAAAGAUAGAAUUGCCAUGUUUUCCGAAAUGGAAGCUAACCAAAGUACGGAUAAGAAAGACUUGCACCGGUACGGGAGUGAAACGAAUAUCAAAACUGUGGAAAGUAAAAGAAUGAAUUUGCCCGUUGAUAUUCCGAAGCACGAUUCUUUAUCUAGGGACUCUAAAUGGCACAGUAUGCAAAGCAUUACAAAACAAACUUCCGAAAAAGAGACUUCCUGUAAACAUUCGCCAAUGAAACCAGCCGUGAGCAUACCCUCAUUAACACCAGAUCCUGUAAUUGAUGAUCCUGUAAUUGAUAAUCUUUCCUAUAAUAGCUAUGCUACUCUUCCCGUGAAGUUAGACGUUGAGAUCCCUAAACCAAUAAUAUCCACUUAUCCCGAAACGCAACUAACAAAUAACAAGAGGUAUAAUUACGGACUAUAUAGUUUAAAAAAUCUAAAAAACACUGAAGACCUUUUAAGUAAAAAAUCAUCUGGUUCCAAUUUAUUAUCCCUUAUUGAUAGUCGCAAGCAACCGUUGGGAAAAUUGAAAGGAUUAGUUAUUCCCGAAAAACCUUUCCAACCAAACACUGGAAAAGAUUUACCAACUAUCGUUAGUAGUGAUUCUGAAGUUCGAAAGGAUACUAGACGAGCUUCGCUUCCAAUCACAGUGGUCACAGGUAGUAAUUCUUCCAUGUCUUUACCCAGAAAUCAAAAAUUAGAACGGCCUCCUACUCAGAAACAAACUUCACUUGUAGAACCUCCUUGGAAGAAUGAGUCCAAAAUAACUACCAAUACUCUUCCAAAGUAUUCACCGGCUUUUAAGAAAAGGACUUUAGAAUUACCAGGUUCUUCGUUGUCACCCACGCCGCCAUCUUCUAUAACCAGUCCUUUGUCUCCCCCUCCAUCUUCCCCGUCUAGUAUUUGUAGUUCCAAUGCCAGUUCUACUUUGCAACAAAAUGUCUUCCAAUUUUCUCUGUCGCACAGUAAGCCUGUUCAGCCUUUGCAACCCGAAAAAGCCCUCAUGUCACCUCCAUCCUUGCCUUCAGAUGUGGAAUAUGAGGGUGAUAAUUCCGAAGAUUCUUCGCACUCAGCUUCUCCUAUGAGGAAUGGCACCCAUAACUCUAAAGACGCAAAGAGUUCCAAUCAUUCCUUUGGAAAUAAUUCGUGCCAAUAUGGAGAAUCAAACGCAUUUACAAGUACUACCAGAACCGUGUCUCACCAACCUUUAAUGGUUGAAACUCUCACCAAGUCAUCAAGAACGACAGAACAUCCCAGGGCAGCUGUUUGCAUUUCUAAGACUGAAAUACAUUUAAAAAGUCAAAAAUCUGUCGAUGCUACUAUCCAACCAGAAUCCAUCUCUAAAACUGUAGUUUCAACUUUCAACCACGAUUCUCAAAGUUUCACUGCAACUAAGAAAAUGGAAGCUACAAGCAUCAACAAUAAAAAUGGCACUACGACGAGCUACUUCACGAGUCAUUCAGUUGAUAGUUAUAAUAACUUACAAAAUCGAAAUGGCAGUCCUGAACAACUUUCGAAAUAUUCCGAAGAAGUCCCUGUUGGCAAAUUCCGCGCUUUACCCCUCAACUUCCAGGAAUCUCAAGUGAAGGAUUCAUUCAUCACUAAAAGUUCUAAACAUAAGUUAGAAAAUGUCCGACCUCCGCCUUCUGAGUGUGACGACAGUGAGGAUGAUGAUUCACACUCAACUCUGAGUCAUCGAACCGAAGAUUCUCGCCACACCACAACCGAUGAUUGUUUAUCCGAUGCUACUACCGAUUCUUUUGAAAAACCGCGUCUUAUGCAUCCCGAUGAUAACAGAAAUGUCGUUGAUGAUAAUGCGUCUACAGAAGGAUAUCUGUCUGAUGCUUCCACCACAGACGUCUCAUUGCGACGGUUUGCUCAUCGGCCCAUCGACUAUUCUGCAGAAGAAUAUUUUUCCGAUGCCACUGCCGAAUCUCCAGAUCCUGAAUGGAUGUCCAGUAGAGGUCAUCACAAUGGAGAUUUACGUUUCAGAAGUCAUAUGAUGCGAAAUGACACGAAUAGGCAACCCAAAGAUAAUGACGAUUCUGAAAUUGCGGAUCCAGAUUUACGACCCAAGAGGUUAAGCCAACAGAGAACAGUUUUGAAAGCAUCGAUGGAGCCUACGGACAGUGUCCAAAAGUUUAAAGCUCUUGCUGAAAAGUGGGAGCAGCGAACAGAUGUCACAUCUCCGCCACCACCGCCACCUCCAGUAAUCUCUACGAAUGGAAUGAAAAAGGAUUCUAGAUCCAAUUCCAUUGCAGCAGUCAUUUUAUCUAACAACUCCAGUACAGUUAUAAAAGGAAAAAGCAAUCUUCCACCCUCUUUGAUGCCAAGGAAUUCCUCGGACAAGAUGAUGUCGAGAACUACUUCCAGAGAUUCCUCCCACUCAAUCAACCGUCCCAAAGAAAAUGACGAUGUUCUUCUGGGAAAAAAGUCUUUGUUGCAUUCCACUAGUAUUUCUCCAGAAUCCUCGACAAAUAGUUGGAAUCAUCACUAUAAUGAGGCUCAACAUCUUGAAACUUCACUGGGAGGAGAGAGUCUGAGUAGUAAUUCCAGCAAAAUUACUUUGAAAGAGUCUCGUGAAAUCGUGGAUUCAAAAACAAUAGAUCCACCAGUCCUCCUCACCAAUGGAACCAGCAUCAAAACUAAUAGCUUCGUGGAAAGAAAAUCCGAUGAUUUAUGGAAUAAUGAACCCAGAAACCGAAGAGGUGCCGACUUUACCCGAGCGGACUGGACAUCAAGGCCUUCAGUGACAGCGAAGACCAGUGUCAGCGACAUUCGGCGAAGUUUCGAGAAUGGAACGAAGGAACCUGAGAAAGUACCCUCUUCCAAAAAGCCGCCACUUCCUGCAGCUCGAGCUCCAACGUCUCCACCACCUGUUCCCUUGCCACGUCAGCAAUCCCCAAGAGAAAGUGAAGAAGAUGAUGAAGAAAUCAAGAAAUUAUUGGAUGAGGCUCGUAUGCAAUUGCAGCAAGAGGGUCUGUCUGGUCACCUGUCUGUUCAUCACGUUCUGUUGAGAAGAGAAGGUCUGGAUGGAGGCAGUGUUGGCAUCACAUUGGCUGGGGGAGCUGAUUACGAAGUGAAGGAAAUUACUGUACACAAAGUAAUUUCUGGUAGCUUAGCUGACCGAAAUGGGCUUGUACUCAAAGGUGACCGAGUUAUGUCCAUAAAUGGAAGAAAUUUACGUGGUGUUAGCCACGGUGAAGCACUGCACAUUCUCAAGGCUCCGAACCCCAAGGUCCUUCUCGUGCUUGCGAGGAAUUCGGAUUGUUUGUCAAACGGAACGGAUCAUGCGAAACAAGAUGCCAUAGUCACAAAUAAAGAUCCUGGAACUUUCUCAGUUGCUUUGCAGAAAGAUGCAACUGGUGUAGGCUUCAGCAUUGAAGGAGGGAAAGAUUCACCUCAAGGAGACAGACCUUUGCUGAUUAAAAGAGUAUUUAAAGGUAGUGUUGCCGAUAAAGAAGGUCGAUUAGAAGAAGGAGACGAAAUUUUAGCAAUAAAUGAACAUCCUGUUAAUAACAUGACUAGAACGGAGGCAUGGAACUUCUUGAAGAAAUUACCAGAAGGAUAUAUACACCUCAAGCUGAAGAAAAGUUCAUCUUAGAGUUAUGUUCUCAAGUUUUCGUGUGAAAAGUAACUUGCUAAAAACAAAAGUUUUUAAAUGUUAAAACUUUCGAUAGAAAACCGAGAGGGUUUUGAGGCACUACUUCGCAAUAUAUAUUUGCAACCUCUGCAAUGUUUUAUCCGCUUAAGCAGAUUCGAAUUUAGAAAAAAUUCAACUCUUAAUUUCGAAAUUCAGUUUUAUUUCAAAAUGGUAUUCAGGUUCCGAUCAUGAAAUGCCUGCCUUAUAAAAUCUUUACAGCGAAGAUGGAACGAGUUAUCUUGCAUAAGGUCAUUGGAUCCAGCAUUUUUAAUUUACAUGACGAAAAACAAUGGAAAGAAGCGACAUCUAGUAGAAAAUUCUGCGAUCAAUAUAAUUAAUGGUCUUACAUAAUUAUAGUAGUAUCGUCUGCGGUAAUGACUUCAAUUUUUUUUGCAGACGAUUGACCUGUAGCAAGGAAGUAACGAACUUGUCAUUCACUUGGCAUUGCUUUGAUCAGCCUAAAGCAAGAAAUUCUCCAGACAGUUCUUUUCCAUAAUGCUUAAAGAAAAACUGUUUAAUACGACAUAUUUUGUGCCAAUUGUGUUGUUUAAAAUAUUGUACAGUCACUUUUAUAAAGAACAUUUUCGCGAAACACAGCAGACUGAUUUUGCAGUGUUUUUCUUUUUCUUUUUUUCGUGGCGUCUAAUGAUCUAAAUAUUUUCUUCUACGUCAUGCUGUAAUAUUUUCUGGUCGGUGAUCUAUCUUUAUAUAUCCUUCUUGAAUACAGUUUUUAUCACAAGCAAUUUGGUUGAAAAUGAACUUAUUGUUACCCUUUUUUUCUUCUUUUAAACUAGAAUUGUUUGAACUAAAGUGUAAAUAUGACAGCUAACAUCUGUUUUCAGAAUAUCUAAUCAGUUUUAAGAUUUAUCAAUUUAGAGUAACUUAUUUAUUGAAUAAUUUUUUAUCGAAAUUGAUCCAAAAUGUAAGAAUUAAAUUUAUAACUUAUUAGUGACUAUAAUUUCAACCAUUUGUUUGUGAUAUUUCUUUUAAACAUUCAUUCUAUUUUCAAAAUUUUAUGAGCAAAUAAUAGUUAGAAUGCACACAUAUAUCCCAUCAAAGCCAACAAGAAAAAUUGGAAAUAAAAAUCCUUUCAAUCAAUGCUUGUAAAUAUUAAGCACUCAUCGGCCUUUUAAUCUAUAAUCGUUAGAGCUGGCUUUUUUUUUGUAUAUUAUAAUCUUCUGCUUUGAAAUUUGUGUAAGGCAUAUUCUGCGUUUCAAAUACAUUUUGCAUAUAGAUAUUCUAGUUUUGUGAAAAUAAGUCACUAAACUAUGAAGUCAAACAAUAGCAAAAAAGGAUGCUUUAUAAAAUAAAAUAACUUUGCUUCAACUCAAAUUUAUCUUUCAUACCGGUGUUAUCAAUGGGUUUUGUGCAAUGCUUUUGCAAUUACAAUGUGUGAUAGUGAUACGGUUUCACCUGUUAUUUAGUUAUUUUAAUUAUUACAUAGCUCGAUUUAAAAGUGAUAAAUAGCAAAAGAUUCAGUGACAACAAUACAUUUAGUGAUGUGAAACCUAUUUAUAACAGUUUUACAUAUUAUAUUUAAUGAUAUCCAACUGUUUCAAUCACAUUUAAAAUAAUUUUGUAGUUCAACUAUAUGAAAAUUUCAAAGUUAAACCUAGUAUUUAAAAAAAAAGUUUAAUUUUUCUCAAUAAAAUCAUUAAAAUAUUGAUAUUUAAGUCUGUUUAAGAAAAAAUACAUUUUUUAUGAAUUUUACAACACAAAAAAACUCUAGCUUUCAAAGGUUUAUAUUUGUGUUUCUAGGCUAAAAUGGAUUAUCUUUCCGACAAUUUUCAAAAUAUCUCUUUGUUAAAAAAUAAAUAAAAAAUCAUCAGAUGUAUACACCAGAAUAUAAAAAGAUUAGUGGUUUUAAAAUGAUAAUCUUUCUAGAAUGAAGUAAAUAAUAUUUCACUUUGUGAGAAUUUUAUAAAACGAAAUGAUUAAAUCUUUGUUCUCCAAAUUAAAAGUACAUAAAUCAUUGAUCGAUACAAUAUGAAUUCAAAAAUCAGUCUUAAAAAUAAAUUCGUGUACAAUACGUAUUGAUAUUAUACUUCUUUCGGUUUCGUGUUUAAAGAUAUCAAAUAAUUUUAGGUAGAAGCUAAAAGAAGUUACAUUCACUUUUAAUUAACAUACGAACAUACUACUGUCUUGUUACGCAAAACUAUUUAAAAGUACCUUAGUUUCAAUUCAUUAUUAAUGUCAUUGCUGUUUGUAGCUGUUUUAAUGAAUGAUAAAAGAUGGUUUGAAAUUUUUUGCCCAUUUUUAUCUCCGAAUAAGGAUAAAAAUAAACACUGGUUCUCUUUGGUGUUAUUAUUGUAAGGAAGUUCAUUGUCGCUAUUAAUAAUGAAGAGAGAUUUGCUCAUAGAAUUCUGUGAAUAUAUUGAGUGUCUAAUUAGGGCAAGAAAGGUUUCUGUGAUAUUUCGGUUAUAGAAAAUAUUUGCUGUAUUUUUUAAUGUGUGCCUUUGAUAGAUGCAUUUAGUUGCAAUUUAUUUUAAUAAAACUAUUUCAGCCCUUCUCACA